UAAAUACACAUGAAGACAGUAGAUGGAAAAUAAAUAAAGAAAUAGAUACAUAUACAGUAGAUAAUUAAGUAAAAGAUAAAACAUAUAAACAUAUGGCUGUUAUGUACAGGAAAGCUGCUGCUGCAGAUUCAGUAGAUACAUUAGAUUCAGUAAAUACAUCAGAUGCAUUAGAUGCGGUAGAUGCGGCUGCAGCAGAGCAGGUCCUCGCGCUCAGGUCACGUGCUCCCUUGUUGACUGAAGAGAAAUAAAAGUCUCUGCAGCAGAGAGGCUGACGGCUAACGGCUAACGGCGGAGCUAACCGUGACCUGAGGAGAAACACGGCUGCGAGUUUAACACCGACACAGACACAUCACAGUAUGAGUUCACCAGCGGAGAGCCGGUGACGUUCACAGGUGUGUGUUAUAUCAGCAGCAGGAUGCCCAUCCCUCCUCCUCCUCCUCCUCCUCCACCAGGGGGCCCCCCGCCUCCCCCCACCUUCAGCCAGGCCAACACCAGCCCUCCGAAGCUGAGCAGAGAGGAGGCCAAAGGUCGCGGCGCUCUGCUGUCAGACAUCUGUAAAGGCACCAAGCUGAAGAAGGUGUCGGUGGUGAACGACCGUAGCGCUCCGCUGCUCGACAGUAAGACUCAAACACCAAAGAGCCAAACACCUCCCACAGAGCACCCAUACAUUCGCUUAUACCAAUACCUACACCAGCAACAGAGCCAGCCUAAACAGCAGGGGGCGCCGUCUGAGGAGCAGAAGAAGACGGCCGGAGAAAAGAGCUCCGAGAAGCCUAAAGGAGGCGGAGCAGCAACAGGAGGAGCCAAUGGGAGCGGAGCAGCGAGCCCCUCAGGUUCUGUUCCACCAAUAGGAGGACUGUUCACAGGCGGAGUUCCCAAACUGAGGCCAGUCGGAGACGGAUCCUCUGGACGUUCUCCCUCCACACGAGCUGCAGCGCCCCGCCCCCCUAGUCAUCGCCAUGACGACGCAGAGAGCCCCUCCCCUCAGGCAUCAUCACCGAUGGAGACGUGUCGCUCCCAGCGUCCUUCACUCCCCAACCUGUCUUCCUCUCCCUCCCCCUCCUCCCCCUCCUCUGCUGCCUCCUCCCCCUCCACUGGCAUGAAGCACUCCUCCUCCGCCCCUCCCCCCCCUCCACCCCUCUCUCGCCGUGGUAACGCCCCGUCCCCUCCAUCCUCCUCCUCUUCUUACAACAGAGAGAAGCCCCUCCCUCCGACCCCUACCAACACCCCACCCCUCCCCUCCAAACCACCCCCGUCUCCUGGCAACAGCAGACGCCCUCCAACCUCAGGAGGAAAUCCUGCCUCUUCCACCCCCUCCCCCUCCUCUUUGGCCCCCCCCCCUCCACCUUACCGCAUCACCAAUGGUCCGACAGGUGGCAGUGGGGAUGCGGCACCCGAGCUGCCGCAGCGUCACAACUCCCUCAGCAGUAAGAGGACCGCCCCCUCACCUGGAGGCCACACCCCCACGAGAGGCCCCGCUCCACCUCCACCCCCCUCCUCUCCCACCCCCUCCCAACAAGGUGCCAACAGGCCGCCGCCCCCUGUCAGAGAGGCACCAGGUAGAGGAGCAGCUCCCCCUGUUCCGGUCCAGUCGUCGUCUUCGAGGGCCGGGUGCAGAGAAGCCCCGCCUCCCCCGCCUUACAGGACACAUGGUAGCCCCUCCCUCUCUUCUGAGCCCCCCACCAGAGGGAAACCUCCUCCCCCGCCCACCCGCACCCCUGCUGCUCCUCCCCCGCCUCCCCCUCCCCUCCGCAACGGACACUCCUCCUCCUCCUCCUCCUCCAUCCCUCGCUCGUUCGUCGAUGACUUUGAGUCCAAGUAUUCGUUUCAUCCUCUGGACGAUUUCCCUCCUCCAGACGAGUACAGACACUUCGCCAAGAUCUACCCCAGCAAGGCCAACAGAGUGAUGAGAGGAGCUCCUCCCCUUCCUCCUGUCGGGAGGUGAACCAUGGAAACUACAACACAUCUGGACACACACACACACACACACACACACACACACACACACAUCCUCCUCCAUCCUGUUUAAAAACUUCUGCAGCCUCCAUCUUCAUUGUCCUCGCCUCCUCCAUCACCGCCUCAUCCUCGCUCACAGCUGAUUGGCUGGCGGUCGGUCUGACAGAGAGACGAGUCGACCAAUCAUGUGUCUGAAGAGGAGGAGGAUGAGGAGCAGCUUCUUCUUCUCUGGUCUGCACCAACCUUUAGGUUUUAUUUUUAUUUUUGCACUUGCACUUUUUGUUUGCAAGACCAACGAGCAGCUCCUCGUCCGUCUGGACAUCGGGCACAUGAAGAAGAACAGUUUGUGGAGCUGAAAGUUGCUGCAGGGACCUUUAGUGGUUUUCUGGUUCUGGUUCUCAGUGAAGGAUCCACUGCAGUUCAACUGAGAGUAGGAAGUCUGGAUCAUGAACAGGAACACCUUGGCAUUGUGGGAAGUUUUCUGUCUGGUCAGAAAUCAGCUGACUGGAGGAGACCGCCUGUUGCCUGGUUACUGAAACGCUCCGUGACCAGGUGACGGUUAGUUACUUGUUAAGAAAUGUCAGUCUGUGAUUUAGCUUCACUUCCUGCUCCCGCGCUGCCAGCUCAGCUUUUAUUAGUAGGUGUGUUGUUACGAACGUCUUUAUGCUAAACUAAGCUAGGCUAGGCUAGGCUAUGCUAUGCUAGGCUAGGCUAACCACGUCUCAUCUGAGCAUCUAACACAAGAAAGAAAGUUACCAAAAUGUUGAACUGUUCCUUUUAAUGUUCAUGAUUCAGAGGAAAGACAAACUCACACUGAACUCAGCAACAUGUCCAUCAGCAGGUUGGACCUGGACCAAGACCAGAAUCUGGAUCUGGACCUGGACCAAGACCUGGACCUGGAUCUGGAUUUGGACCAGGACCAAGACCAGAAUCUGAAUCUGGACCUGGAUCUGGACUGAGGGGUCCAGAUUGACAGUAAACUGAACUGAAAUCAGUUUUUAUGACUUCCUGCUGAACCAACAUGAAGAGGAUAAAAACACCUGUACAUACUUAAACUCACCUGUGUCAUCAUCAUCAGACACACCUGUCCUGGUGAUGUCAGCGAUGAGACGUGCUUUAUUUUGGAGGGACGCGACCUGAUUCGACCUCCAGUGCAGAAAGAGAUCAGUUUCUGACGAGGUCGAGUCUUUAAGUGCCAAGACUGAAGUGAACCAGAGAAACUCACCUGGACUCACCUGGACUCCUCCCCCUCCCCCUCUGUAACUAAACACUAACCUGUGGCAUGUCGUCUUUGUCUGAGCAGCUUCAGCUUCUACAAGCAGUGUUAAAUGAUUACAAAUGACUGAGAGCGGACUGAUGAACGCACGUCAGCAUGUUCAGGUUCACCUGACACACGACGCUCAGGUGAACCUGAUGGACGCUCAGGUGAACCUGAUGGACGCUCAGGUGAACCUGAUGGACACUCAGGUGAACCUGAUGGACGCUCAGGUGAACCUGAUGGACGUUCAGGUGAACCUGAUGGACGCUCAGGUGAACCUGAUGGACGCUCGGGUGAACCUGAUGGACGCUCAGGUGAACCUGACACACGACGUUCAGGGAAAAACUGUCUGGAAUUUGAACAGAAAGUGAGACACAUGAUGUGAUGUUAAACAAUAUAAUAAAUAAUCUGAAUUUUACAAGUUAAAAGUCUCAGAAUUUUGAGAUGAAAUUAUAAUUUUAUGGGAAAACGUUGAUAUUUAGAGAAUAAAUUAAUUAGAGCUGCAACUAAUGAUUAUUUUCAGUAUCAGUUGAUCAGUUAUCUGUGAAUUAUUGUCUCAGUUCAGACGUUUUUUUCUUGUUUUCACAUUGAUGAAGAAAAAAUCUAAUAUUUUUCAUCUUUGCUUGAAAAUUGACAUUAAAAUCAAAUGAAUUGUCUAAAUAAAUGCUGAUGAAUUUUCUUUCCAUAAAUUACUCAGUCGUUAAGUGUUGCAGCUCUAACAUUAAUAAUGUUGAAGAGUAAAAAUUCAUUUUAUGGGUAAAAAGUCAGAAUGUGAGUAAAGUAACGUUACAAGAGAAAAGUCAUUAAAGUCAUUAUUACAACAAAAGUAAUUUUACAAAUAAAGAUAAAAACUGCAGGAAUACAAGAAUAAAUUCAUCAAGAAAAAAAGAUAAUUGUCAUAAUUAUUAGUCUGUAAUAUCACAAGUCACAUCAUGUUUAUUAUGAGUAUAGUCAUAAUGUCACAAGUAGAAAUUAAAGUAAAAGAAUAAACUGGAGAAAAUAUCUCAAGUUAAAAGUAAAGUUGUUGCUCAGAUCAAAAGUUAAAACUCCAGAAGAGAAUGAAGCGAUAAUGUUACAAUAAAUAAAGACGUCUCACAUUAUUAGGACUUUUUUUAACUUUAUUCUCAUGAUGUUGUGACUUUUCUCACGUGACAUUGACUUUUUUUCUCGGCUUAUAUUAAAACCUUUUCCCAGAGUUCUGUGCGGCGUGACGCUCCGUUCUUUAGUUGUCUAACAGUUUCUCUCUCUGUGCAUGUACGACAUGUUGUUUAUUUUAUGUCAUGUGACCGAGCACUUUUCUGUUCCAACGUUUCACUAAUAACAAAUGAGCUCAAACAGCCUCGUUACUGUUAUUUAGUGAUGAUUUUAUUUUGUGACCGGCCCUUUCUAUCAACAUGGAGCUGGUCUUCUUCACUGGAUCUGCAGCUUCAAUCCCAGUUAAAGAUGCAUCAAGUCUGCUGCAAAUAUAUCAACUGCAGCUUUAUCCCCAUUCACCUCCAUUUACCUCCAUUUACCUCCAUUUACCUCCAUUCACCUCCAUUUACCUCCAUUCACCUCCAUUUACCUCCAUUCACCUCCAUUCACCUCCAUUUACCUCCAUUCACCUCCAUUUACCUCCAUUCAUCCCCAUUUACCUCCAUUCACCUCCAUUUACCUCCAUUCACCUCCAUUCACCUCCAUUCAUCCCAUUCACCUCCAUUCACCUCCAUUUACCUCCAUUCACCUCCAUUCACCUCCAUUCAUCCCCAUUUACCUCCAUUCACCUCCAUUCAUCCCCAUUUACCUCCAUUCACCUCCAUUUACCUCCAUUCAUCCCCAUUCACCUUCAUUCAUCCCCAUUCACCUCCAUUUACCUCCAUUCAUCCCCAUUCACCUCCAUUCACCUCCAUUUACCUCCAUUUACCUCCAUUCACCUUCAUUCAUCCCCAUUCAUCCCAUUCACCUCCAUUUACCUCCAUUCAAAUCAAUGGUGGUUUUUGUUUGUUUUUAUUUGUUUUUACGAUAUGUUUUCCUUGAACAAAAUAAAGACAUGAACAAACUUAAAAAUAGCAAAUGACAGAAAAAUAUACAAAACAUAGUUGUUGUUUUUUUAAUUUCCAUUUUUUAAUAUUUUAAAACAAUUAAAAUCGUUAAAGAUUGAUGGUGUUUUAUUGUUCUUCCAAACUUUGAACCAUAAUUUAGACUGAAAGUUAUGAUGACAUCAGAAUUACCUGUAGUGUCUGAACUUUUCCUCUGUAUUAAUCUAUAUCAUAUCUGACACCAGGAAACAUGUGAAUAUGAAUAUACAGUCGAUGCAUUUUUAACUGCCCCCCCCCCCCCCCCCCCCCCCCCCCCCCCCCCCGCUGCUCUGUUUGCCUUACUAACUGUUUGCUGUAAAUCCCGUCCGUCAGUCAGAGCGUGUACAAAGCUUCUAAACAAACAGAAACCUGUGAAUAACUGUGACUUAUUAUUUCCUGGAGGACGGACGGUCUGUAGUGAUGAUACCUGUAGUGGUGAUACCUGUAGUGGUGAUACCUGUAGUGGUGAUAGUGUCAAACUGUAGCUUUAGGUCCAAACUGGGACAGUCCCAGUUUAACAGCAUGCUCGCUCUCACUGGUCUCUCCUUAUUUUAACUGCAGCUGUUUGAACUCUGAAAUAAACUCUCAUCAUUUACUGA